UUUAGAGGAUUUAUCAACACUUCCGCCGGCAACAAAUAUUAAAAUGCCUAAAGACGUUGGUGCCUAUUUAGCUGAACAGCAGAGGAAAUCAUCAGGGGAUGUUGCUACAGAAUGGGGAGCGCUUGAAGAACUUUACAACAAAAAAUUAUGGCAUCAGCUAACUUUGAGGGUAGGAAACUUCGUAAAGAAUCCAAUCUUCAGCAAAGGAGAAGGAUUGAUACGCAUGUAUGAAAACUUCAUCUCAGACUUCGAACACAGGAUAAACCAUUUAGCCCUUGCAGAAAUCAUUGUCUUUGUUGUGAGACAAAUACAAGACCCAAAGCAGGCAGUAGAUUUCUUGGAAAAGAUCAAAGAGAAAGUAAAGGCGACAGUUGAAGCCAGACUGCUGUGUAUGAUAGGGAUAGGCACCAUAAAACUGCGAGCUAAGGACCUAGAGGGGACCAAGGCAGUAGUAGAGGAAUGCCAGGCCAUUCUGGACACAGUGGAUGGGGUAAGUGCUGUCCACAGCAGGUUUUAUGAAGUAUCUAGCAACUACCACAAGUUGAUGGGCAACCAUGCAGAGUACUACAAAGAGGCAUUGCGGUUCUUGGGAUGUACGCCACUAGAAACCAUACCUUCUGGUGAACAUGCAGAAAGAGCAUUCAAUCUAGGCCUGGCCGCAAUCCUUGGAGAUGGUGUAUACAACUUUGGUGAACUUUUGGCCCACCCUAUCCUGGAGUCGUUAAGGAAUACAGAGCGUGACUGGGUCGUCCAAAUACUGUAUGCUUUCAACAGCGGGAACAUCAGCAAGUUUGAUGAGCUCAAGAAGUCAUGGGGACAACAGCCUGAUUUGGCAGCCAGUGAAAUCAUCAUGAGACAAAAAAUCUCUCUCCUGUGUUUAAUGGAGAUGACCUUCAAACGACCAGCAACUAACAGAAAUCUCUCAUUUGAUGAAAUUGCAACAGAAACUCGACUUCCAGAAAAUGAGGUUGAGAUGUUGGUGAUGAAGGCACUCAGUCUUGGACUGGUGAAAGGAUCUAUAGACGAGGUUGAUCACCGCGUUCACCUUACCUGGGUCCAGCCCCGUGUCCUUGACGUCAACCAGAUAUCUACCAUGCAGUGUCGCUUGCAGACGUGGUGUGAGGAUGUAAAACAGAUGGAACGGCUGCUAGAAGUGAAAGCCCAUGACAUUCUCACAUAGUGACCAACACCAUCCUCAUAUAGCAGGCACUGAUAUUCUCAUGAAGCAGGCACAGAGCUGGUGCAUGAUACAUCAGCUAGUGUUCUUUCAUCAUAGACAUCUUAAUUUUGUGUUAUAUCAAUGUGCUUCUUUUGUUCAGACAUUCAUGUUUCUUCCAUGUGCUAGUUUGCUAAAGCAUCCUUUGAAACAUGAUAUAUUUAAAUGGUCACAGAUGACUUCAUGCUUGAGACAGAAAAUUACUAUUACAUAGCAUAUUCAGUUGAUAGUCAACAUUGUCUGUGCAUUUACUGUGGUUUCCUUAAUUAUUGAAGUUUAUGUAACAAGAAUACUGUACUACUAGUAAUAAAGAUGUGAUCCACAAUAAAACUUGCACAUAUUUAA